UUCAAACCAAAGUAUAUCGUUCACCAAAGGAUUUCAUUUUUUUUCCCAAUGGAAACUACACUUUUCAUUUUACUAUACGUGAUUCUCUUUCUUUCAACUCUUCUUUCAUAUCCAUUUCUUAGGAAGAAGAAGAGAGGGUUUCGUAUAGGAAGACCUAAGCUUCCACCAGGUUCAAUGGGUUGGCCAUAUAUUGGGGAAACUCUUCAGCUUUACUCUCAAGACCCAAAUAUAUUCUUUCUUACAAAACAAAGAAGAUAUGGAGAAAUAUUCAAAACCCAAAUACUUGGUUGUCCAUGUGUCAUGCUGGCUAGCCCUGAAGCUGCAAGGUUCGUGCUGUUGACUCAUGCUCACUUGUUCAAACCAACUUACCCCAAAAGCAAAGAGAAGAUGAUUGGCCCUUGCGCGCUCUUCUUUCACCAGGGCGAGUACCACACUCGGCUAAGGAAGUUGGUUCAAAGGUCGCUAUCCCCUGAUUCCAUCAGGAAGCUAAUUCCCGAUAUCCAACGCAUAGCUCUCUCUGCCUUGGACUCAUUGGCUGCCUCUGGACAAGUUAUGAACACCUUUUCUGAGAUGAAGAAGUUCGCUUUCGAUGUCGGCAUUCUUUCAAUUUUUGGUCACUUGGAUGGAGGCUACAAGGAGAAGUUAGAGGAGAACUACCGGAUAUUGGAUAAAGGUUACAACUCUCUUCCCACAAAAAUUCCUGGGAGUGCAUAUCAUAAAGCACUCCAGGCAAGGAAAAGGUUGAAUCAGAUUCUGGGUGAAAUAAUUCGUGAGAGGAAGGAGAAAAGGUUGGUGGAGAAGGAUCUUUUGGGACAUCUGUUGAACUUCAAGGAUGAAAAGGGACAAAUUUUGACUGAAGAUCAGAUUGCUGAUAACAUCAUUGGAGUACUUUUUGCUGCACAGGACACCACUGCCAGUGUCAUAACAUGGAUUCUUAAAUUCCUCCAUGAUGACCCCAAGCUUCUCGAAGCUUUCAAGACGGAGCAAAAGGCCAUAAGCCAGUCAAACAGUGGAAGAGAGGGGCAUCUAACAUGGGCACAAACAAGGAACAUGACUCUUACACACAGGGUCUUACUAGAGAGCUUGAGGAUGGCAAGCAUCAUAUCUUUCACAUUCAGGGAAGCAGUAGUUGAUGUGGAAUACAAGGGAUACCUAAUACCCAAGGGUUGGAAAGUGAUGCCAUUGUUCAGGAAUAUUCAUCAUAACCCAGAAUUCUUUUCUGAACCUCAACGCUUUGAUCCAUCUAGAUUUAAGCAGGCAGCUCCAAAACCCAAUACCUUCAUGCCAUUUGGCAGUGGUGUACAUGCCUGUCCAGGCAACGAACUAGCCAAGCUGGAGGCUCUUAUUUUCAUCCAUCAUCUAGUAACACGGUUCAGGUGGGAGGUGGUGGGCUGUGAAAGUGGGAUCCAAUAUGGCCCAUUUCCAGUACCUCAAGGAGGACUCCCAGCCAGAUUUUGGAAACAAUCCAGCUGUUCUUCCCAAGGUAUGUGCCCAUAACUGACGAAUUUGGGAAAUAAAUCAAAGAAUCCAUCCAGCAGUGCAGCAACCAGAACUUUUCCUGCUUCCUAACCAAACCCUGCUAUUUUUUUUAUCCAUCAUAUCAGAUCAGAUUUCACCUUCAUUUACUACAAUUAUUAACUUAUUGUAAUUUAUGCAGCUAGUAACUGUUUAACUUUUCCUUUAGAAUAUGUAUUUAUAUUAUCGAUUACAAUAAAAAAAUA